GUUGCAAGAAGCUGAGCCGAGCGAUAAGGUCUUGAAUAAGUUGAAGAAGUAAAUUUUUGGUCCGAUGUUCAAGUUCAUAUAGUAGUUAUCGAGCGGAAAGAUCAAAUCGUCACGAUUGUUGCGCUUCUACCGGUGGAUCAGACCGACGCUGUAUUCCUUCAGAAGGCAGCACCAGCCGCGGAGACGUCCACGGGAGCUAAGACGGGGUCGUCGAGUGGUGCGCAAAGGAAAAAAAAUGAUGAAGAACGCUCAGCUGGUGAACCAGCACGACAAAGUAGGUGAUGGCCAUGAAGGUAGUCAUCCUCAUCACUGCAAGACCGAAGCUCCUGCUCCCUGCAGGAGCUCCUCAAGCAGCUCGUCCGAAGAUUAUACUCCGCCCGAAAUUACCGACAACUACGCCAUCCAGCUUCCGCCCCUCGGUGCCGGGGCUUUUGCCAAGAUUCUGCAAGCCACCUGCCGCAAAACCAGCGAGCCGCGGGCGCUGAAGCUGAUGAAACGGUCGAGCUACCAGAAGAGGCAGUUGGAAUACCAAAUCGACGUGGAGCUGGAGCUAGCGGAGCUGUGCGGGCGGAAGUGUAGCAACGUGAUAUCCGUUUUGGAUAUUUUCGAUGACAGUGAAAAUGUGGUGAUGGCUAUGACAGAGCACAGCUACAACUUCGCAUUUCUCUCAUUUUCUCAUGCAAAACCCCAAGCCCAUGCCCAAAUCCCAAUCCCAUCGGUACCUUGUGCUUGUAGCACUGUUCGCAUGACGCCCAAACGAUACUUCAACAUUUUUCUCGUAAACUUGUCAAGCACAAGCUGCUCGUGGUGUGCGAGUGUUUGUAUAUGCAGUUAAUGCCAGCAUACAGAUGAGGCGAGGGACGUUCAAGUUGUGCACUCUCAUAACAGUGCUGCCGAAAGCGAUUAUCGACUUGCAGAAGGGAACACAGAAAUUGCUGCACAUGCGCGAGCAAAGGCAGAUCCAAAUGGAAGAGGAACGAUUGCAGCUCCUGCAACGAGGAACUGGUUGCGUCGGCACGGCAAGGAGCAGUAGAGAAAAGGCGGACUUGCACUGCGACGCCAGCGAGGCCGGGGCUGGGGGUGCAGCAGCUACUGCCGGGGGGCUGUUUUCCGCGAGGAUGGCAGGUACUUAUUUGUGGUUGAUUCUGGUGCUGUAGCACGUGACUACGAGCAACCAACAGAGCAGAAAGUCAGAGCAGAGACCUGCACUUAGUCAUGCAGACCGCGGAAUACACUAGCACCAGCACGGCAGGAGUGCUACGAUUUUUUCUAUAAAUUGGAACCCGAUGCUGGAUAUGUUGUGUAGCUGCUUGUGGAAGUCGUGACGGCGAAGCACAUCAUCGAAGAAGUGAGUAGCUAUGUAUUUUUCCACUAAUAUGACCUACGACAGGUGGCGGCGCUUCCCAGCCAACCACCUUCCCCCACCACCAGCGCAAGAGCGGCAACCUUUUCGGUGCGUCUGGUCGGACGACGUCUGCCUCUCACGCGCCCUCCUAUACCUCCAACUCUGCGCGAAUAGAUGAACAAAGAAACACGAAGAACUUCAAAGACCAAUCUCACAAGCAGAAGCACUACCCCGUUUGGGGCGAAAAAUUGAGCAUUCACCUGUGGAAACAACUGUUAAACGCUGUAGCGUACAUCCACGAGUGCGGGGUGAUUCACCGAGACCUGAAGCCGGAAAACAUUCUGCUGUCGUCGGUUGCAGGACGAAGAGGGACGGCUGCUGUCGGAGGGAACAACAAAAGUCGUCAUCCUGAUACUCCGCUAUUUGGUACUUCUAGCAGCUCUAGCUCUUCAUCAACAUCAAACUCGGGUAGUUCAAGUUCUUCAUCCGCUACUACUAGUACUGCACGGACAACAUCAAGUGGAGUGCUUGCUGGGACGAACAGAAUUAUAAACGCAGGCAAAGCACAACAAGGUGGUAGCUCUUUCACUAUGCCAGGCACAACUACAGCUAGAACGUCGGAGCAGCACCCAAACGGAGAAAAAGACGAUGAGGAGACGAGGUUUUUGAAAAAGUUUUUGAACAUCAACGAGAACAUUCAUGUCGAUGAUGAAGAUGAACUACAUCACCACGAUAACAAUAUCUUCGACGCGUUGAUCCACGACGUCCACCUUGAAGUCGCAGACUUCGGCUGGUCGACGAAAAUGCACAAGAACGUCGGCCGGGCGCUGGCGGUAUCCUGUGCAAAAGUAUCGUACUCGCAUAAAUGCAAGUCUUGCAUUUACAAAUCUUUUUCUUAAGGUAGAUCCGCAUGACAAAUUUUCUCUCUCAUGCUGAGGAAAUUUGUGAUGCAUUUACUUAUACGAGUACGAUACUUUUACUUUUGCAGUUCAUAGGCGGGCACGUACAUCUACAUGAGUCCGGAAAUUCUAGACGGGCGGAAGCACUCGCCCCAGGCGGACCUGUGGGGAAGUGGCAUGAUCUUGUACUUCGUGCUCUUCGGAAAGCCGCUACUGGAUCAAGGUACUAUCUGCUUGAUGCGCCUUUGGGAAACAGAAACCUUCACUACAAGAUCUUGACGGAAUCACAAUGCCUGACCCUAGAACUGAGUGCAAACCUGCACCUGCACAAUUUUCUCCUGCUCGUUGCGUUAAGUAUUUUGAAUCCUCUUGCGCACGUUACCAUGCCUGCUGCAAAAUGCAUCAACUUUCUUCAUGACAGCCAUUAUUGGGCCCGGCGUGACGCAACUGACGGCGCAAGAACCUGUGCGCUCGGCGCAAUUUAUCGGAUAGAAAAUGACUGUAGUGUAGUUGAGUCAAAAUCUAAGUCAUGUCAUUUUGGUUUCAUCCAUACUCUGUAGUCAUUAUUUCAUCUUCGCUUCAGAGAAAAAAUGCAUAAGAGCAAAAUGCUCCUGGUCCCGCUUAUUAUCGGAACGCGUUCUUCUUCAUCUUGGUAUCAACUAUCAAGGGCUCUUGUUUAUUUGACUCGACUACUUUUGCAAUCCACACCCCUGCGGGCGCGAAUCGUGCGGGAAAAAAUCGAUAGUGUGUGUCCGCUGAAGUAUCCUUGCGAAAUUCAUUGACUUGUUGCAGGCUGUUCAUGCAGAGGUGAUUUGGAGUUCCUGUUUUGUGCCAGACAGCAAAACGUAAACACAAUUUUCAAGAGGUGAACUACUAUGCCACGUUGUGCAGUCUUCCUUGCAAAAAGCCAGAAAAUUUCGCUUCCAUAUCGGAGUUGAAGAUAAGCCUGACUGGCUCGAGAGCUGGGAUUUGUGGCUGCAGUUACGAGAUUUGCUUUCCAUCGUACCCGCGAUUCGGCCAGAUGCAAAGCGACUGUUGGAGCAGCAAAUGGGUGGAGUUUGUCAUGCGGAUGCGGUUUCGCAGCAUCAGCAGCAGCUGGACACCGGAACAACAUCAGCUACCGGCGGACAAGUUCUUGUGAAUAAAACGACGAAAAAAAAUGGGCGCAGAGACAGCAGCACGGGGACUACAAGCGCAACCGCUUUGAGGAUUACACCCAGAGGAAGCAAGAAGGACAAUGGGAUUGUGACCAAGAAUAAAACGUCCUUGGGCUGCUCCCAGCUUCAUAACAAGACAGCAAGUAGUACCGGGGGUGCGAAACGGAAAUCAAACGCCUCCACGACGACCGGAACUACGACAAAAGCAGCCGGGACAAGUACAUCGUCGACUGGAGGUGAUUCAGCGAUAGAGCCUCAUCAUGCUCAGUACGGUUCCUACGGUAAAAGGAAAACAUCCACCCUCCAGCAAGGAACAUCAAAGCACUCUUACGCGACUAGCAACUCGACGUCGACAUGCAAUGUACUUGGGAACUCCUUGGAGGCUGUUGACAAUGAUACUGUUUCUAUCGCUGAGACGAGUGACCACCACGACACAGAGCAAGAAGGAGCCGAGUUAUCCUCCGACGAGCCGCCCGUUCCGGCACCCGAAAACUCCCGGAUCAUGCUGGGUAUGCAGGAUGACCUAAGCGACAAUGAAGAAAUACAACGCAGUAUUGCUGGACGUCGAGAGGGUCUGAACGAAGACGAAGACCUCGAGGCCGCUGUGGGCUCGUCGUUGUUGUCAGCAACCGCCUCCUCCGCCUCUUCCACAGCCGUCUCUUCUCACCACUGGUCUCAAGCGUGGAUGAGCAGCCGAGGAACAAACAAUCACAACUCCAAUAAGAACACUCUCGGUGCUGCUACGCAACAACAGAAACAGCACCAGCAAAAAACGCCUCCAUCUCCGGUCGUGGCUGGAAUGAUCCCCACUUUGAUGUACGACGAUGAGUCGCAGACCAUCGUGGAGGAAGAUGCGAACUCGAUCGACAAAACCCCCACGUCACAGCAACAGGUUGCGACGGGGUAUGUCGUGUCCUCCGGUCGGGCGGAACUGGCGCCCCUGCAGUCGCGCAGCAGCGAAAAAGAUCCUGCCCGCGAAGACUUUUCUGGGCCACCAGCUGCAACUACAGAUGAAGCUGGAAAAUUGAACUACAGCACUACUUCCCAGUUGCCCCGCACCCGCGAAGUCUCAGCAACGGCCCCUGGAUCCGUAGUCUCGGGUGCGAGACAGACGUCUGAGAACGAGGGAGCGCCAGUGGCUACCACUAGUACCGCGGCCGCACCAUCCAGUGGCAGUGGUGCAGGGGAACUACAAUAUCCAGCUGCUUUUCCCUCUCGACGUGGUGGCAACACAUUAAAACAGACAAGUACUUCCAACCGUAACUCCCCGCGGUCGGAACAGCAGCAAAACCAGAAUUCGAGUUUGCUGUCGAAUCACUCCAGCAGCAAGCGGAGGAAAAGCAGGCGAACCAGCAGCGCAAGUUGCACGAAUUUGAAUAGUGCUGCGGGGAACAGCACCAGUGUGGGAGCAACUCCAAGUGGAACCACCGCAACUCGUACAGCAGCGCAGGAGAAGACAAGUCUCCUGAACGGGCGGCGAAGUGAAGCGAAUUUGCACGCGUUAUUAUCGAGAAAUGGUCACGCUGCUCCUGGAGCCGCAAGGGGAAAUAAAGAGAGCGAGGACGUGUGUGCAGAAGAAAAUCAGUCGGACGAAGAUGUGCGGCGGGAAAUCUCAACAAGUACUAGAAUGACGAAGAGCACCGAAGGUGGAAAUCAGUACCACAAGCACGGCGCUUUCAACAAAGAGAACGCAGCUUCUAAUUUCGGCAGUAGCGGUACCAGCGCAACUACUGCGAGGAGUUGGAGUGCUCUGUCAACCCGAAACACAAACAGUACGACAAAUCUCUUUCUCCAGUUGGACCCGCAGGCGAGGCUGCAGCGAGUCGGGGCGCCGGGCUGAGAGGAAAAGGAGAAUUUUGGACGAAAAAGAAGAAUGACUAUGACAUAUCAUGGCUUCCAGUUGUAUGAAUAAGAAAAGAAAGAGCUGUGAGUGUGACUUGCAAUAGGAAGAUGGGAAAGCUUUUACGCUGUCGUCACUUGAGAAUGUGUGUUUUUUUCAAAGAAAAUUCUCCGUCUGGAUUUUGUGAGCGUGCUAGCUGCGCAGCCGGAGGACACUAUGUAUCUGCUUCGCUGCAACUCGUGCAGUACAUCAUACAAGUACUAGAGAGUCGAAAAGAUGACCUGGUAUUGAUGGUCCAAGCACAACUGCGUCUCAUCUAAACAU